AAUAAAAAUAAAAACUAUUUUGGGAAACUUCAAAAUUAAACCAAAAUUACCAUGGAAGAAGGUGGCGAAAAGGUAAAAUCUAAAGAGGGAAAAAAAGCUGAGAAACCUGCUACCGAAUUACCUGCUGCAGAAAAAGAGGAGAUUAAAAUAGGGAUUAUUGGAGAGUCUGGGCUCGAUACACCAAUUGUGCUAAAGGAUAGGCAGGAAUGUGCUGUCUGCACACCAUUCGGAAAGCCUUCCGAUAUUAUCAUUGAAGGGAAAAUUGAAAACUGCAACUGUGCGCUGCUAUCGCGAAAUGGACGUCUUCAUGAUAUAAUGCCAACUAAUAUUAAUUACAGAGCUAAUAUUUGGGCAAUGCGUAAAUUGGGAUGCACACAUAUCCUGGUAACACACACCGUCAGCUCGUUGCGUGAGCAUAUUCAGUGUGGCGACAUUGUCGUGCCACACGAUUUCAUUGAUAGCACAACGAAACGUAGUCAAACAUUCUAUGAUGGAGCUGUUGGAAGCCCAUUUGGCGUUUGCCAUCUGCCCAUGUUUCCUGCAUUUUGUGAACGGACACGUUUACACAUAAUUAACGCAGCCAGCGGACUGCGAUACCCCGUACAUUCAAAAGGAACGGUGUUGACCCUGGAAGGGCCACGUUACUCGACGGUUACGGAAAACAACCUGUACCGCAACAUGGGAGCAGAUAUCUUGAGCAUGACCCUCUGCCCAGAAGCCGCAUUAGCCAAGGAAGCCGGUAUUCUAUACGCGUCCCUCAGUUUUGUGACCAACAAAGAGUGCUGGUGCACGAAUCAGCCAAUUGCAACAACUCACGAGAUAAUAUAUACGUACAAAAAGCAUGUCGAUAAGGUUCAGCGAGUGUUAAUUAGAGCCAUUGAAAGCAUUGCUAAGGAGGACUGGACCGAAGACAUAUUAAAAGCGAAGAUUUUGGUAUGCAGCAAUUUCUCUAACCGCAACGAAUUGUUUUAAACAUAUUGAAUAUAACAAUUUCAUUCAACAUUUCGUUGCCAUUGUGCCGGUAAAAUUCCUCAACUAAAUCUUUUGUUUCGAUUGUGGUAUAUCUAAAUUUAUUUUUGGUGUUUAACUUAUCAUGCUUUAAAUAUUAUUU